GAGUCUAUGCAGAAGGUCCAGCACAUGGCAGCACAUCUGGUCUUCAGUCAGCCUCCUGAUUGCACUCCAUUCACUCCCAUAUGAGGCCAGAAACAAAUACAAGGAUUUGAGUACAAUGGUAUGAAAACCUUGUCUCUACAGAAGAAAGAAAGGGUUUGAGUGACAUGAGAAUGAGAAAAUGAUGACACGAUGACUUUGGGGUGAGCUGAGCUGACACUGUGCAAUUUGGGUCUGUCUGCGCUUCUCUGCUGAACAACACGCUCUGCUUUAAAUGCAUUAACAUACAGCUGUGAUAUGUGUGUGUGUGUGUGUGUGUGUGUGUGUGUGUGUGUGUGUGUGUGUGUUAGAAGCUAUUCAAGAUCAUUGUGUCACUGAUCUGGAACAGAUUGACAGAUUAGAGCGCAGGUUAAUCCUGUGUGUGUGUGUGUGUGUGUGUGUAUCAGUCGCAAACACACCGCAAUGAGACUCAUUCAGUGCUGCUGGAUGUCAUGUUUCAUUGUUUCUGAAAAUACGUGUGUGAGACACAUAAAAUAUCAAGGGAAAGAAAUCCAGCCUUUGCUUUAAUAAGGUGAGUCUGAUUCCGGUGAUUUCUGAGGUAGAAAUAAGAAAAACGUCCCUCUUUCAUUGAGUUUGGUUCUUUCUCUGCAGCAUGUCUCUUCUGUCUGUCCUGCGUUCUCCGAGCCUGUCCUUCCUGCAGACGCUGCUGUCUCUGCUGCUGUCUCUGGUGUCUCUCUCGUCCUCGUACUGGUGUGUGGGCCGGCAGAAGGUCCCGAAGCCGCUGUGCUCCCCGUCCCGCCGGCUCAGGUGCACUCCGGUGCACGGCGUCUCUGACGGAUCCUUCUCCUGGGAGACCGGCGACGACCGCUUCAUCUUCCCCUCCUUCCACGCCGGGCUCUGGACCACCUGUGAGGAGAACAUCUUCACCGAUGCCUCGGAGGAGAAGUGCCGCAGCUUCAUGGCUCUCACACCUGCAUCAGAGAAAGGGAUCGUGUGGCUGUACGUGGGGAUGGAGCUGCUGUACAUCGCUCUGUUGUGUGUCAGUUCUCUGCUCUUGCUGAUGCAGUUGUGUUUGUCAUCCUGGUUUCCUCCGCAGCAGCGCUGGGGUCAGUUACUGAACGCCUUCGCCGCCAUCUGCACUGUUCUGGGAGGGCUGGUUGGGAUGGUCGCUCACAUGAUGUAUAUGCAGGUUUUCCAGGUGACAAUCUCUCUCGGCCCUGAGGACUUUAAACCUCACAGUUAUGGAUACUCUUGGGCCUUUUACGUGGCGUGGGUGGCCUUCACCUGCUGCAUGUCUUCUGGCGUGUCGACACUCAACAACUACACCAAGAAGUUCCUGAUGGUGGGACCCAAGCACAGGAGCGUGUUUUACCCCUGCAGGAACUUCACCUUUCCUCCGCAGCUGCCUCCGCUCUCGCCUCUGUCUCCGUACUUCUCCCCGCUGCUCCCAGCCCCUCCUCCUCCACCUCCUCGACCCGCCCCUCUCUCACCAUGCCCCGCCCCUCACUCCCACAGCCCUGCCCCUCUCUCACCAUGCCAAACCCCUCACUCCCACAGCCCCGCCCCUCUCUCACCAUGCCACACCCCUCACUCCCACAGCCCCGCCCCUCUCUCACCAUGCCCCGCCCCUCACUCACACAGCCCCGCCCCUCUCUCGCUCCUGGAGCCUGCCAUGUCUCCUCCCUUCGCUUUGCUUCUGUCUCCACUGAGCUUUGCGUCUCAGUGUCCAGACGAGGAGUUCAGCCCGCUCUGA